AAAAUAUAUAGCAUUCAUUUAAAAGAAAGCCGUCGUUAGAUUCUUAAAAAAAUGGAGUACAAAAUUUAUGAAAAUGUAUGUAAAUAUUUCUGAGGCGAUCUGAAGUGUUCAAUAUCGCGAGGAAAUGCUGCGAAAACUCUCGUUUGCAAUCGAUCGUUGGGUGUACCCGAUGUGGUGUGGAUUGGUCAAUGGGCGUGGUGGUUGUUAUCAUGGAGAUGCCGUAAGCCAAUAGCGUAAAGGCGGUGAUAAGAGGGUUGGGGUUGCAACGGCAGGGUGGCGGCAGUGUGUUACACGGAGCGGCCCAGAGCAGCCGCGUUCAAAGAUGUUAGGUGCAAUGAUGUACCCCGGUACCGAGGAUCCAACGCUGGAAGACAUGCGCGUACCACCGAUUCAACUCGAGCACCUGCCUGAGGUGUUCCUAUCCAGUAUUCCAAAAUGUGGCGGUUGUCACGAGAUGAUAGUGGAUCGGUACGUGUUAAAGGUGUCGGACCGGACGUGGCACGCCGGCUGCUUGCGCUGUGUCGAAUGCCGCGCGUUGUUAACUGGAAAGUGCUUUGCGAGGAACAAUCAGUUGUACUGCACCGAGGACUUCUUCAAGCGUUUCGGAACCAAAUGCAGUGGUUGCGGGCAGGGCAUACCGCCGACUCAGGUCGUACGUCGCGCGCAAUCUCACGUCUACCACCUGAGGUGUUUCGCCUGUGCCGCCUGCGCACGUACCCUGAACACAGGAGACGAGUUCUACCUUAUGGAGGACGGAAAGCUUGUCUGUAAACCGGAUUACGAAGCUGCCAGAGCUAAAGGUGGGGAUGGCUCGCUCGACGGUGACGCGGCAAGCAAGAGGCCCAGGACUACGAUUACGGCCAAACAAUUGGAGACUCUGAAAAGUGCAUACAGCAGUAGUCCGAAACCAGCGAGACACGUGCGGGAGCAGCUCGCACACGACACGGGUCUGGACAUGCGGGUCGUACAAGUUUGGUUCCAGAACAGAAGAGCAAAAGAAAAGCGUUUGAAGAAAGACGCCGGUCGCACGAGAUGGUCCCAAUACUUCAGGUCGAUGAAAAGCGGAGGUGGGUCACCGAGACACGAUCGACUACUAGACAAGGACGAACUAAAGAUUGAUUUGGAUUCGUUCAGUCAUCACGAUUUGAGUAACGAUAGCUACAGUACAGUAGCGCUCGGUGCUGAAGAAGGGUCCCCAGCCGGUGGCGGCGGGGCAGGCGCGGCGAGUGCUCGCUUCUCUGCGACGCCGCCAUAUUUACGAGGGCAUUCUCCACCGCAUCCCCACUACCAUUACCCACCAGAUCACCUCGUUUAUACCAACAUCGGUCAAGCAAUGAGCGGUGCAGGCAUCGGAACGGGUGCGGGUGGUGCUUCUGAUCUGAGUAGUUCGUCUUCACCGGCGGCGGGUGGGUAUCCGGACUUCCCGCCGUCACCGGACUCGUGGCUGGGCGAGGCACACCACUAUUCCCCGCGUGGCUUCCCCUAACGGCGGCCUCCGCCGGCGCACGCGCACCCAGCGCCCCCGCCGACAGCCGCGCCGCACACCCUCCCGCCACUCCUCGCCCCUUACCCCAUACCACACGUACAACCGCUGGAGCUUGUGGUCAAACGGGAACUUUGAAUACGAGUUGUCACUUUCCUAAACUAGGCGCUAAUUGGUGCGCCGAGUGAACUUUUAAUUGAGUGACUAAUUCAGACAGUGUGAAUUAAAUGUAAUUUUGUGAAGUGCAUUAACGUCAAACGAUGUCGCUCUAAGAAUAACGUAGGCUAUUCAGUACAAUUGAAUUAUCAUCACCUGAAAAACGUGCGAAAUCAUAAGCGAACACGACGGUUUAUUGUUAUUUAAAUAUUACUAUGUAAUUAGUUACAUCUGUUUAUAUCAAACAUGUUACAUGUGAAUACUUAUCUGUAAUUAGUUGUAUGUAUAUUAUUAAUGUAAUAAUAUUUUGUAAAAGUUAAUAUACACUAUUUAUCAAAUAACAUAAGUGAUACAAAUAAUUUCUAAGUAGUUUUAACAAUCGUUUAAUUAGUAACAUUCUACAAAUUAUCAUUAGUGUAAAUAAUAUAGCAGCUAUUGUGGUAAAAUAAAUGUAAGUGAAUAGUUAAAAUAGGAAGUCCAUAAUUUUAAUUAUCUUUAAUACUAUACUAUAUAUAACAUUGUGCAAAAAAAUCUAGUCGAAAAAUGAAUGGUACAGAUUACUAAGAAUAUAAUACA